UCCCUCACUUGCCUCUCUGUUCUGUCUUUCUUUCUUUCUUUCCUCUUCUCUUCUGUGCUCUCUAUGAUUCCCACUCGUUUUCCCCAAACAGCACAAAAAGAGAAAACAAAAGCGAAAAAGUAGAAGAGAGAGAAACGAAAUCCCAGAGAGACAAACCUCGCCACCGGAAAAUGCACUGAUUCCGCAACCUCCGCCGGGACAAACCACACUCACGCUCACAAUAUACAGAAUGCGCGAGGCACUCGCCUGCGACCUCGCCAACGCCGCGCCGUCUCCUUCGCCGCCGGUUGUAGUGGCCGGACGGAGCCGCUCCCAGGGCUUCACGCGGCGGGUGACGCCGGCGGCGCUGCCGGCGGCGUCCGGAUCCGCGGUGGAGCGCGUCCUCCCGAACGGCGACUUCUACGCCGGGAGCUUCUCCGGCAACGUCCCUCACGGAUCGGGAAAAUACCUCUGGACCGACGGGUGCAUGUACGAGGGGGAGUGGAAGCGCGGAAAAGCCUCCGGGAAAGGAAAAUUCUCGUGGCCUUCGGGCGCCACCUACGAGGGCGAGUUCAAAUCUGGUCGAAUGGAAGGCUUCGGAACCUUCGUCGGAUCCGACGGCGACACCUACCGCGGCGCGUGGAUUUCGGACAGGAAGCAGGGCUUCGGCCAGAAGCGCUACGCGAACGGUGAUUUAUACGAAGGUUGGUGGAAGCGCAACGUGCAGGACGGUCACGGCCGUUACGUCUGGCGAAACGGGAACGAGUACGUCGGGGAGUGGAAGAACGGCGUGAUUAACGGGAAGGGCGCGUUGGUUUGGGCGAACGGGAACCGUUACGAGGGGCAGUGGGAGAACGGGGUGCCGAAGGGGCACGGCGUUAUGAAGAUUCAGCACCGUUUGCUUUGGGGCGAGAAUUUGAACGGUGCGAGGAAACGGUCUUCGGUUGAUGGGAGAGGGAGCGUUAAUGAGAAGAGUUUCCCGAGGAUUUGCAUUUGGGAGUCGGAGGGUGAAGCGGGUGACAUCACGUGUGAUAUAAUCGAUAAUGUGGAGGCCUCAAUGUUCUACCGCGACGGAACGACGUCGGAUUGUGAAGAUUCCAGGAGGAAAAGCCCCUGUUGUUUCUCCACCGAGGUUAAGAGACCUGGGGAAACAAUUUCCAAGGGACAUAAGAAUUAUGACUUGAUGCUUAAUUUGCAAUUGGGGAUAAGGUACUCUGUUGGGAAGGAGGCUUCCACGCUGCGAGAGCUUAAGCAGACUGAUUUUGAUCCCAAGGAGAAGUUCUGGACUAGGUUUCCGCCCGAGGGGUCGAAGAUUACGCCGCCACAUCAAUCUGUGGAGUUUCGAUGGAAGGAUUACUGUCCUGUGGUUUUCAGGCAUUUGCGGAAGCUGUUUCAGGUGGAUCCUGCUGAUUAUAUGUUGGCUAUAUGUGGGGAUGAUGCUCUGAGGGAGCUUUCGUCUCCUGGGAAGAGUGGAAGCAUAUUCUACUUGACCCAGGAUGAUAGAUUCAUGAUAAAGACAGUGAAGAAAUCUGAAGUCAAGGUGCUUAUUCGGAUGCUUCGGAGUUACUAUCAACACGUAUCCAGAUAUGAGAAUUCAUUUGUGACAAAAUUCUAUGGCGUGCACUGUGUCAAGCCAAUUGGUGGCCAGAAGAUCCGGUUCAUUGUGAUGGGCAAUCUUUUCUGCUCUGAGUAUCCAAUUCAUAGACGAUUUGAUUUGAAAGGAUCUUCACAUGGCCGCACCACGGAUAAACCUGAGGAGGACAUUGAUGAAACUACCACCCUCAAGGACCUUGAUCUCAACUUUGUGUUUCGUGUGCAAAGGAAUUGGUUCCAGGAACUCAUCAAGCAAAUUGAGUUGGACUGCGAGUUCUUGGAAGCUGAGAAAAUUAUGGAUUACAGUCUUUUGGUUGGCAUUCAUUUUCGUGAUGAUACCCCGUGUGACAAAAUGGGAUUGUCACCUUUUCUUUUACGCACUGGCAAUCGGGAUUCCUAUCAGAAUGAAAAGCUCAUGCGUGGUUACCGCUUUCUUGAAGCAGAGCUACAGGAUAGAGAUCGAGUUAAAUCUGGAAGGAAAUCAUUAAUUAGGCUAGGAGCCAAUAUGCCUGCAAGAGCAGAGCGAGUGGCCCGGAGGAGUGAUUUUGAUCAAUACACCACUGCUGGAAUCAGCCAUUUGACCCCUUAUCGCUGUGGGGAGACUUACGAUGUCAUUCUAUAUUUUGGAAUCAUUGACAUUUUGCAAGAUUAUGAUAUCAGCAAGAAGCUUGAGCAUGCUUACAAGUCCUUGCAAGUUGACCCUACUUCAAUUUCUGCUGUUGAUCCCAAGCUCUACUCAAAGAGGUUUCGUGAUUUUGUAGGGAGAAUAUUCAUUGAAGAGAGGUAGCAGAUGAGUACAGAAUGAGGCUGAAAUAUUUCUUCCUGAAGCUGAUUAUUCCUGGUGUUCCCAACAUCUAGGAAAAGUUGCUUGAAAUUUGAAACCCUUGACAAAGGUCUUGGAGUUGACUGGUUAAAAUGCCACUCCACGUUCAAGUGGCUGACAGAACAGAAAAUCGCUGGAAUUGGGUUUGUUCUAAGGCUGACAGAAGAUCAGCAGGAAUUGUGGUUUGUUUUAUGGCUUAGUUUUUUAAACAUACAGCCAGUGGUGAUGAUGGUAUGCUAAAGGACACGGGAAAACUUGUAUAUGGAAGAUGGGGAUGAUGUUCCGAAAUUUAUUUUUUCCUUUGUUGUAGGAAUUGGGGUAGGGCUUGUUGAAUUUUUUGUGGUUACUACUACAUAGAAUAUGAACAUAUGAUGGGAGAUAGGAAGAGGGAACGACGUGGAAUGUUUCCCUGAGCUUGAUUCAAAAUGCGUGGAUAGGUAGGAAAUAAAGAAAAUGUACAGUGUUUAUACAAAGGAUGGAUAGUUGGAGGAAAUUAUUAUUAUUAUUUUUUCUAGUUUCUUGAAUUAUUGAGACAUCUUGAAUACCAUGUUGUGAGAUGGAGUGCCUAAGUAUUCUCUUCCACACAACAAAGUCCUUAUCUGUUGAAUGAAAACAUAAAUAAGUGGGGCU